CCACCCAUCCAUCCAUCCACACACCCUUCCACCCACCCACGCAUCCACCCACACUCCCACCCACCCACCCAUCCACCCACACACCCACCCAUCUACCCACCCACCCAUCCAUCCACACAUCCACCCAUCCACACAUCCACCCAUCCAUCCACACACCCUUCCACCCACCCACCCAUCCAUCCACACAUCCACCCAUCUACCCACCCACCCAUCCAUCCACACACCCUUCCACCCACCCGCCCAUCCAUCCACGCAUCCACCCAUCUACCCAUCCACACAUCCAUCCACACACCCUUCCACCCACCCGCCCAUCCAUCCACACAUCCACCCAUCUACCCACCCACCCAUCCAUCCACACACCCUUCCACCCACCCGCCCAUCCAUCCACACAUCCACCCAUCUACCCCCACACAUCCAUCCACACACCCUUCCACCCACACACCCAUCCAUCCACACAUCCACCCAUCCAUCCACACACCCACCCAUCCAUCC